AAGUGACGAGGGGUUUCCUUCUACGUCUCCUGUGCUUUCUUCUUCUUCUUUAACUCUCUCAGAAAAGCAUAAGAAAUUUUCACCGGGAGUGGCUUAAUUUGUGGCACUAGGACAUUUAUCUUGCGACUUUUGGAUAGAUUUGUGUUGGGUUCGUUUCAAAUUUUCCCCUCCCCGGUGGGUUUUUCUGUUGUUGUCGGUGAAAAUGAUGGUUGCUAACAGUUUCGAUCUCUGGCAGAAAGAUGCGUUCUUCUCUGCCGCCGAGGAGGUUCAGAAUUCCACAGACAUAAUGGAAUCGGUAUACAGGACUUGGUUCAGGGAAAGGAGAGAUGGUUUAGGACCAGAGGAUUCAGAGGAGCUACGCAGGGAGCUGCAAAUCACUUUAGGCACAGCAAAAUGGCAGUUGGAAGAGUUUGAGAGGGCCGUCAGAUUGAGCUAUGGAAAUCGUUCUGAGGACAAUGCAACAGCCAGGCAUAAUCAAUUCAUUGCAGCCAUAGAAGAACAGAUAUAUCGUGUAGAGAAGGCAUUAAUAGAAUCCCUGGACGAGGAAGGGAAGAAACCCCUGCGAUGGGUAAACUUGGAUGAGGAAGAGCGUGAUGAUUUAGCUUCAUUUCUUUCUAGAACUCCAGAAACCUCGCAAGGUACUAACGAGGGAAACAACGAUCUUAGACCUCCAACAGAUAGCUCUCUUAAGGGGAAUGAUCAAAGGAGAAAAAAAAUUGGAGAUUUUCAUAUUGAUCCUGCCUGCAGAAUAGAUAAGCCAGAUUGUGUGACGGAUUUUAAAGAGGUUGCGACACUGAAGAAAGAUUCUAAUUAUGUAGUAGAAGUAGAAGCAAGAGAAUCUCCUGUAACCAAGGAUGAUUUAAGCUGUCAAGUAGAGAAAUCAAAUGGUCAUAGAAGAACAUGGAGUACACCAAGCUUUGGUUCUUGGAAGAUUGUAAUAGCAGAUGAGGAUGAACAGAGAAAAACAUUAGUGGAAAGUGAUGAAUCCACAACAAACGGCAAAGGAUUUAAGAAUAGCUUCAGGAAGCUAAAAGGUGGAGACCAUCUCCAGGCUAAAGGAAGGAUUUCAAGUUGCCUGAACUUGAAAGGAGUCAAUUUUCUUUCUCAGAUAUUUGGACGGGUGGCUGGAUCUCCGAGACAAAUACAAGGUUCACAGCACAUGCAGUUUUGCUCUCUCCAGCUUGUGCUUGUGGGUGUACUAGCUUUUUUCUUAUUUGUCCCUUUUGUACUGUACACAACAUAAGGAAGAUUGAGUCAUGAUCAGGAUUAAUGGUAUCGUGCAACCUCGUAAAAUCAUUUUAUGUGAUCACCAAUGUUGCAUCUUUCGUUUCCAGUUGUAUUUCCUUUCUACCAAUGAAAA